CAUUCAUUCAUCUUUUUCACUUUCCACGUGCUUUCCUCAAACUAUUGUUCCUUAAACCAUCAAUCAUUGAUGGCAACUCCAACCUCCAAAGCACUUCACAUUCCUUUGCAAGUAAGCUUCAUCCCCAAUUCGUUAAUUCCCAUUUUCAAUUCCAAAGACCAAACUUUUCUCAAAAAAGUUAACCCAAAAAAGCAUUGUGAUGUGUGAGUGUAAGCCUUAGUCCCUAUUUUCUUCCAUUGUUUAUCACCAAAAAGAUAAGAAAGCACUACUCUGUCUCUCUGUUCCUUUCUUUUUCUUUAUUCAAUUGUUUCUUUUUACCUUGCUAUUAGAGCAAUUCCAAAACCUCUCUCUCAAUCAAAGUAUCAAUCUUUUUGGCUAUUUCUUCAACCCCAUCUCAAAAAGAUGGCAACUUUAGUUUCCUUAACUCUUCCCUCAAACCCCAAAUGCUGUUUUGCUUUCUGGGUCAAGCACAUUAUUUUCAUAAAGGAAGAAAAAUUUAAACUUGCAUUGGUUUUGGUGUUUUUGGAGUUUUGGGAGGUGUUGUUUCUGGUGGUGGCAGAAACAUGGCUAGCACCAGUGGAACAAAGGGUCCUUUUGAGAUCUCUAGACAACCUUCUAAGAGGAUGGUAAGGGCACCAACAAGGACUGUUGAGUUGCCUAAUGAAGAGAAUAUUAGGGAUAGUGAGAUUGUUCCUUCUUCACUUGCUGUUCUUGUGCCAAUUCUUAGAGCUGCCAUUGAUAUUGAAGUAGAAAAUCCUAGAGUUGCCUAUCUUUGUCGCUUUCAUGCAUUUGAGAAGGCUCAUACAAUGGAUCCGACAUCCAGUGGCCGUGGCGUCCGUCAAUUCAAGACUUAUCUGUUGCACAAGCUCGAAAGGGAAGGGGAGAUAACAGAUAAACAUACUGAUAGAAGUGAUGCCAGGCAGCUACAGAAAUACUACCAAUAUUUCUACGAGACUAGAAUCCAGGAUGGUGAAUUUACAAAAAAACCGGAGGAGAUGGUUAGGAAUGUUCAGAUUGCCACUGUGUUGUAUGAAGUACUGAAGACUUUGGUAACUCCACAAACUAUCGAGGAGAAGACAUUAAGAUAUGCUGCGGAUGUUGAGAAAAAGAAGGGACAGUAUGAGCAUUAUAAUAUCCUUCCAUUAUAUGCUGUUGGUGCUAAACCGGUGAUCAUGGAACUUCCCGAGAUCAAAGCCGCAAUUGCUGCUUUAAGUAAGGUGGAUAAUCUUCCAUUGCCUUUGAUUCAUUCAAGACCUGAUAAUGAUGAUUCUACAAUGCCUUUGGAAAGGGUUAAGAAUGUGAAUGAUAUACUCGAUUGGAUCACCUCAAUUUUUGGGUUUCAGAAAGGAAAUGUGGCAAAUCAAAGGGAGCACCUUAUAUUAUUACUUGCCAACAUUGAUAUAAGGAACAGGUCUGCAUCUUAUGAGAUUCGUGAAGAAACUGUAGAGAAGUUGAUGGCUACAACUUUCAAAAAUUAUGAAUCAUGGUGUCAUUACGUGCGUUGUAAAUCAAAUAUUAGGUAUUCAGAUAAUCAUGCCAAACAACAACUAGACCUGAUUUACAUUGCACUUUAUCUUCUAAUAUGGGGAGAAGCUUCAAAUAUUCGCUUUAUGCCUGAAUGCCUUUGCUAUAUUUUCCAUCAUAUGUGCAAUGAUGUCUAUGGAAUUUUACAUAACAAUGCCAUUCAAGUGAGUGGAGAUGCAUAUCAAAUAGUAACGCGUGAUGAUGAACAUUUUCUGAGGGAAAUUAUAACACCUUUGUACGAUGUUUUAAUGAAGGAAGCAAAGAGAAGUAACAAAGGCAAAGCAAGUCACGCCAAUUGGAGAAAUUAUGAUGAUCUUAAUGAAUACUUUUGGUCUGACAAAUGUUUUAAGCUAAAUUGGCCAAUGAAUCUCAACUCGGAUUUUUUUAGGCAUAAUGAGACACAAACAGCAAAUCAGGGCCGGGGCCGGGACCAAGCCAGCACUGGAGCUGGGAAGAAGAAGCCUAAAACAAAUUUUGUUGAAGUUCGCACAUAUUUGCAUCUUUAUAGGAGUUUUGAUCGAAUGUGGAUUUUUUUUAUAUUGGCUUUACAGGCAAUGAUUAUGAUUGCUUGGAGUAACUUGGGACUUAUUGGUGUGCUUACCGAUGAUGAUGUUUUCAGAAAUGUUUCUAGUAUAUUUAUUUCAUAUGCUAUUCUCAAUUUUCUUCAAGUAACUAUCGAUAUUAUUCUUGUCUGGAAUGCAUUGAGGAACAUGAAGUUUACUCAGUUGCUUCGGUAUUUCCUAAAGUUUGUGGUAGCAGCUGUUUGGGUGGUUGUUUUGCCAGUGAGUUUUAGUAGUUCUCUUCAGAAUCCAAGCGGGCUUAUAAGAUUUGUCACCCACUGGGCUGGGGACUGGGGGCCCGGGUCUCUCUAUUACUAUGUUGUUGCAAUAUAUAUGAUACCAAACAUAGUGGCUGCAAUACUAUUUUUCCUUCCACCCAUGCGGAGAACAUUAGAGCGCUCAAAUAUGCGAAUUGUUACCCUUUUAAUGUGGUGGGCUCAGCCGAAGUUGUAUGUUGGUCGGGGCAUGCACGAGAGCAUGUUUUCACUGAUUAAGUACACCCUCUUCUGGAUCAUGCUUCUAAUUAGCAAGCUCGCAUUCAGUUACUAUGUCGAGAUAUCACCCCUUGUUGAACCAACAAAAUUGAUCAUGGCAAUGCAUAUCGAAAACUACCAGUGGCAUGAAGUCUUUCCAGAGAACGAUAUUCACAAUUUAAGUGUUGUAAUUUCAAUAUGGGCUCCAAUUAUCCUGGUUUAUUUUAUGGAUACUCAAAUAUGGUAUGCCAUUUAUGCCACUUUGUUUGGUGGGAUUAUUGGAGCCUUCAGCCAUUUGGGUGAGAUAAGGACACUUGGAAUGCUCCGCUCCAGAUUUCAAUCUGUACCACUAGCUUUCAGUGAAAGCUUUUGGACUGGAAGAAACAGAAAGAAUAUACAAGAGGAAUCGGAUGAUGCAUAUGAACGGGAUAAUAUUGCAUACUUCUCUCAGGUUUGGAAUAAGUUUAUUCAUUCUAUGAGAGAAGAAGACCUCAUCAGUAACAGGGAUAGAGAUUUGCUUCUUGUUCCAUACAAUUCAGUCGAUGUUUCUGUCAUCCAGUGGCCUCCAUUCUUGCUUGCUAGCAAGAUUCCUAUAGCAGUCGACAUGGCGAAAGAUUAUAAGAAGGACGAUGAUGCAGAAUUGUUUAGAAAGAUUAAGAGUGACGGUUAUAUGUACUCAGCAGUUGUCGAAUGCUACGAGACUCUCAAGGAAAUCAUACUGAAUCUUCUACUAAAUGUAGAAGAUAAACUUGUUAUACAGCUCAUAUGCGAGAAAGUAGAAGAAUGCAUAGAACAAGAAAACUUUGUCAGAGAAUUCAAAAUGAGUGGUUUGCCUUCACUCAGUGAGAAGUUGGAGAAAUUCUUAACUCUAUUGCGAGCUGAAGACAACACGUCUGCGCCUCAGAUAGUCAACGUGCUGCAGGAUAUUGUAGAAAUUAUCAUUCAGGAUGUUAUGGUCGAUGACCUCGCAGUUCUGCAUGCACCUCCGCAACAUAAUGUUCCGAGUGGACAGAAGCAUCAUAAUGUUCUGAGUGGACAGAAGCAUCAUAAUGUUCCGAAUAAUCAGAGGUUUGUUGAGAUUGACACUUCAUUUACGCAGAAAAGAUCGGUGAUGGACAAGGUUGUUAGACUUCACUUACUUUUAACCGUCAAAGAAUCCGCUAUAAAUGUGCCCCAAAAUAUUGAAGCCCGCCGCCGUAUUACAUUCUUUGCAAAUUCUUUGUUUAUGAAUAUGCCUAAGGCUCCUAAAGUUCGGGAUAUGUUGUCUUUCAGUGUUCUAACACCGUAUUACAAAGAGAAUGUUCAAUAUUCCAAUGAUGAACUGCAAAGGGAAAAUGAAGAUGGAAUUUCAAUUUUAUUCUACCUAAAAAAGAUAUAUCCUGAUGAAUGGGCCAAUUUCGAAGAGCGCAUGGAAAGUAAAAUUGUUGAAGAAGAAGAAGAAGAAGAAGAAGAAGAAGAAGAAGAUAGGGGGGAAUUUGUUCGUCAGUGGGCAUCUUACAGAGGGCAGACACUUUCUCGAACAGUGAGAGGAAUGAUGUACUAUAGGCAAGCCUUACUCCUCCAGUACCUCAUAGAAAAUUCAGGAGAUUAUGGUAUUUCUGAAGGCUACCCGACCGUGGAAAUCAACGACAGAGAAAACAGGCUUCUUGAACAAGCAAAAGCUCUGGCUGAUUUAAAGUUCACCUAUGUCGUUUCUUGUCAACUGUAUGGUUCACAAAAAAAGUCUAAAGAAACUUUUGACCGAAGCUGUUACCAUAAUAUUCUCAAUCUGAUGGUAACGCAUUCCGCCCUUCGUGUUGCGUAUAUAGAUGAAACCGAAGACACAAAAGGGGGAAAGAAAGUCUAUUACUCUGUGCUUGUCAAGGGAGGGGAUAAAUAUGAUGAGGAAAUAUAUCGCAUAAAGCUUCCUGGUCCUCCAACUGAAAUUGGGGAAGGAAAACCUGAAAACCAAAACCAUGCCAUUAUAUUUACUCGCGGAGAAGCUUUACAAACCAUAGACAUGAACCAGGAUAAUUACUAUGAAGAAGCUUUCAAAAUGAGAAAUGUAUUGGAAGAAUUUCAUGCACAUAAAGGGCAAAGGAAACCAACUAUAUUGGGUCUAAGAGAGCAUAUCUUUACAGGAAGUGUUUCAUCACUUGCUUGGUUUAUGUCAAACCAGGAGACAAGUUUUGUGACCAUCGGGCAACGAGUUUUGGCAAAUCCUUUAAAGGUCCGAUUUCAUUAUGGCCAUCCCGAUAUAUUUGAUAGAAUCUUCCACAUAACAAGAGGUGGCAUAAGCAAAGCAUCAAAAACUAUCAACUUAAGCGAGGAUAUAUUUGCUGGGUACAAUUCAACUCUUCGUCAAGGAUAUAUUACGCAUCACGAGUACAUACAAGUUGGCAAGGGGCGAGAUGUUGGUUUGAAUCAGAUUUCACUCUUUGAGGCUAAGGUUGCAAAUGGAAAUGGAGAACAAACACUUUGCCGUGACGUUUAUCGUCUCGGCCGAAGAUUUGACUUCUUCAGAAUGUUGUCGUUCUACUUCACAACAGUUGGGUUCUAUUUCAGCAGCAUGAUAACUGUGCUUACAGUGUACGUGUUCUUAUACGGACGUGUAUAUAUGGUAUUGAGUGGAGUUGAGAGAGAAAUUAUUCAAAGUCCCAACAUACAUGAGAGCAAAGCCCUCGAGCAAGCCUUGGCAUCUCAGUCUGUAGUUCAGUUGGGUUUGCUUCUGGUGCUUCCCAUGGUUAUGGAAAUUGGUUUAGAGAAGGGAUUUCGCACGGCCUUGGGUGAUUUCAUCAUCAUGCAACUUCAGUUAGCCUCUGUGUUCUUUACUUUCCAGCUCGGAACAAAAGCUCAUUAUUACGGACGAACGCUCUUGCACGGAGGCUCUAAAUAUAGACCAACUGGUCGCGGGUUUGUCGUCUUCCAUGCAAAGUUUGCUGAUAAUUACAGGAUGUACUCACGAAGUCACUUUGUGAAGGGCCUCGAAAUACUUAUACUAUUGGUUAUUUACGAGAUCUAUGGAGAGUCGUACCGUAGCUCAACUCUUUAUUUCUUCAUCACAAUGUCAAUGUGGUUUUUGGCCAUUUCUUGGUUAUUUGCUCCGUUCUUGUUCAAUCCUUCUGGUUUUGAUUGGCAAAAAACGGUGGACGAUUGGACAGAUUGGAAGCGAUGGAUGGGAAACCGUGGUGGUAUUGGUAUUCCGGCGAAUAAAAGCUGGGAAUCUUGGUGGGAUGAAGAGAACGAACACCUGAAAUUCUCAAAUGUCAGGGGGAAAAUACUUGAGAUUCUUCUAGCAUGUCGCUUCUUUAUCUACCAAUAUGGAAUCGUCUACCAACUGAAUAUUGCGCGUCGUAGCAAAAGUAUUCUGGUAUUUGCACUUUCUUGGGGAGUUUUGGUUAUAGUCCUUAUUGUCUUAAAGAUGGUUUCCAUGGGUAGACGAAGAUUUGGCACCGACUUUCAGCUCAUGUUUCGUAUUCUCAAGGCACUUCUGUUUCUCGGGUUCUUGUCAGUAAUGACUGUCUUAUUCGUUGUAUGCGCGCUUACUGUAUCCGAUCUGUUUGCUUCGAUUCUUGCCUUCAUGCCCUCCGGAUGGGCCAUUAUUCUGAUUGCACAAACAUGCAGAGGACUCUUGAAGUGGGCGAAACUAUGGGCGUCGGUGAAAGAGCUUUCGAGAGCAUAUGAAUAUGUAAUGGGACUAAUAAUCUUCAUGCCAACAGCAGUUUUGUCAUGGUUCCCAUUUGUGUCGGAGUUCCAAACUCGGUUACUAUUCAAUCAAGCAUUUAGUCGAGGACUUCAGAUUUCAAUGAUUCUUGCCGGAAAGAAAGACACUUACAACAAAGCCGAAUGACAUGCUUAAAUAUACACGAUUUUCAGGCAGGAACUUGAAAUUUUCAGUUUGAAGAGAAAUGGAUCUCUCCAACUUAUCAGAAAUUUUUGGAAGUUGUGAUUAUUUUCUUUUCCUCUUUAUCUAAAUUUCACUGACUUAGAACAGGAAUGGCAAAUGAAAAUCCAAAGUCUUGGUAAUGGAUAAAACAGCAUAUUGUAUAUGUAUUAUAUAGGUUGAUGUUUAUUUAUUUCUUUAUGUAAAAUAGAAAAGGAUUCAGACAAAUCAUUAUACCUCAAUUUAAUUCAAGAAAUUCUUUUUUUUCUUA